GAACAGUUGGUGGCCAUCAAACGCAUGGCACUUGCAGAGCAGCCGAAACUCGAGCUACUCCUGACAGAGAUUGAAGUUAUGCGAAGCCUCAACCAUCCAAACAUCAUCAACUACAUCGAAAGUUAUCUGACGGAUUGCGACAAGGAGCUCUGGGUCGUCAUGGAGUAUUUGGGAGGAGGAUCUCUAACUGGAGUCUGUACGGAAACAGUUCUGCGUAUUCCACAAAUUGCCGGCAUAUGCGCGCGAUGUGUGGACGCGCUGGCCUACCUACACACGCGGGGGAUCAUCCAUCGGGAUAUCAAGAGCGACAACAUCCUACUCGGCAUGGAGGGACAAGUCAAAAUCAUCGACUUUGGCUUCUGUGCUCAAACAUCCGAACGCCAGACCAUGGUGGGAACUCCUUAUUGGAUGGCACCUGAAGUUGUCGCCAAACAGAUGUACAGUUUCAAAGUAGAUGUCUGGAGCAUGGGCAUCUUGACCAUUGAGAUGGUUGACGGCACGCCACCCUACCUUGAUGAGUCACCUGUACGAGCCCUCUUCCUCAUCACCACAAAUGGAAAACCAAAAGUUCAAGAGCAACACAGAGUAACGCCACAUCUUCAAGAUUUUCUGGACAAAUGUUUGGAGGUAGAGGUCGACAAGAGAAGUCGAAGCCAGGAUCUUGUGAACCACCCAUUCUUCCAGGAAGCCGAAGAUCUCAUCUCGCUCCGAGAUAAUAUCCUGGUGGCCCAAGAAGAACAGAACAAAUGA